ACGAUUUUGUGAGUACUCAAUCCGAUUUCAGUGAUGGUCUUAUAAAGCUCCCAUCAUUCUGGUUACAGGUUUUUCCUCCAUCAUCGGAAAUUCGUCGGAAAACAUACACAUUCAGAGAGAGAAAGAGACAAUGGAAGACCCUCUCGACGCUUUGAGGCCUCUAAUGGCUUCUCAUUCUCCUCCACUCGAUGCCUUAAUUGUUCCUUCUGAAGACUAUCAUCAGAGCGAAUAUGUGUCUGAGCGGGACAAAAGGCGCCAAUUUGUUUCUGGAUUCAGUGGCAGCGCUGGUUUGGCACUUAUAACAAUGAACGAGGCACGACUUUGGACCGAUGGGCGAUACUUCUUGCAAGCAAUGCAGCAGCUAAGUGACCGUUGGAAGCUUAUGCGCAUUGGGGAAGACCCAUCUGUGGAGACUUGGAUAGCUGAUAAUCUGCCAAAAGAUACUGCUAUUGGGGUUGACCCUUGGUGUGUAUCAAUAGAAACUGCACAAAGAUGGGAGAAUGCUUUCACGAAAAAACAACAGAAACUGGUCCGGACAUCCACAAACUUAGUAGAUGAAAUUUGGAAGAACAGGCCUCUGCCAGAAAUCAAGCCUGUAAUUGCACAUCCAUUGGAAUUUUCUGGUCGUUCUGUUGUUGAAAAGUUGAACAAUUUGAGAGAAAAACUUUCACAGGAGAAAGCUCAUGGUAUUCUUAUUACAGCACUUGAUGAGGUAGCUUGGUUGUAUAAUGUUCGAGGGAAUGAUGUAUCUUACUGCCCGGUAGUUCAUGCUUUUGGUAUAGUAACAUCCAACUCGGCAUUCUUUUACGUGGACAAGAAAAAGAUGUCUGAUGAGGUGCACUCUUACAUGAAGGAGAAUGGAAUUGAAGUCCGUGAUUAUGAUACAGUGAAAUCAGAUACUGCUUUGCUUGCAUCUGGUCAGCUAAACUCCUCUUUGAUUAAUGGAGCUCAUGUUGAAUGUCUAAAAGAUGCAGAAGUGACUUCUGAAACUGGUUUGGUGAGGAAUGGUGAAAAUGAGGCAGAAGAGAGUAAGAAAAGCCUCAUAUGGGCUGACCCUGGUUCAUGCUGCUAUGCGCUCUACUCAGUACUGAACUCUGAUCAGGUUCUCCUACAGCAGUCACCUUUAGCCCUUGCAAAAGCUAUCAAGAAUCCUGUUGAGUUGGAUGGCUUAAGAAAGGCACACAUUCGUGAUGGUGCAGCCGUUGUCCAGUAUCUUGUCUGGUUGGAUAAGCAGAUGCAAGAGGUUUAUGGGGCUUCUGGUUACUUCUUAGAGCCAGAUGGAACAAAUAAGAGGAAACAUACGGAAACUAUGAAACUGACUGAGGUGACUGUAAGUGAUAAGUUGGAGGGCUUCCGUGCUUCAAAAGAGCAUUUCAGGGGUUUAAGCUUUCCUACCAUUUCAUCGGUUGGUCCUAAUGCAGCAAUUAUUCACUAUUCUCCAGACUCAAAAACAUGCUCUGAGCUUGAUGCUGAUAGUAUCUACCUAUUUGAUUCAGGAGCACAGUAUCUAGAUGGAACAACUGACAUAACACGGACAGUUCAUUUUGGCAAGCCUUCUGCCCAUGAGAAAGCAUGUUAUACUGCGGUUCUCAAAGGCCACAUUGCAUUGGAUACUGCCAGAUUUCCCAAUGGCACCAAUGGACACGCUCUUGAUAUUCUUGCUCGUGUUCCAUUAUGGAAGGAUGGUCUUGAUUAUCGACAUGGUACUGGCCAUGGCAUUGGGUCUUACCUUUACGUUCAUGAAGGACCUCAUCUAAUUAGUUUCAGACCACAAGCUCGAAAUGUGCCAUUAAAAGUGUCAAUGACUGUAACAGAUGAACCUGGUUACUAUGAAGAUGGGAGCUUUGGUAUUAGAUUGGAGAAUGUGCUUAUAGUCAAGGAGGCAGACACAAAAUUCAAUUUUGGGGAUAAAGGCUACUUAUCAUUUGAGCACAUAACUUGGGCACCGUAUCAGAAGAAGUUGAUGGACUUGAGAGUCCUAGCACCUGAGGAGAUAGAAUGGGUGAAUACAUACCAUGCCAGAUGUAGGGAACUGCUGGCGCCAUUCUUGGAUGAAUCCGAGAUGGCAUGGCUGAAGAAGGCCACCGAACCCAUUAGCGUCUAAUUGGUAUUCUCUUGGAAGCCCUCUUGCAGUGCCAUUCAUCGCUUGAGCUAUUAUCAUGCAGGGGGAAAUACUGGUAUUAGGGGCAUUUAUGAAUUUAAUUGAUAUGAAAAUCCAAUUGUGUCCAACUGUCGUGCCUUGGUCCAUGGUAAUCCAGUUAGUUACAAACUUGAUAAUAUUGAGGAGUUCCUCUCUUUUAACUUCUUAAAUUAUGGUGAAUAAAGGAUAAUCAAGUGCACGAGGAGCUUGGGAUUGUUGAAUGGUCCAUGACUCCAUGUACAUUAUCUUGUGUACCACUAUAAAGCUCUUUGCCUCCUUCGCAUCUUUUU